AUGCAGGCAGGGUUCCUUCUCCCCUGUACCGUUCCUUUGCUUGACGAGGAUAGCGCAGGAUUGACGGAACUCAUAUAUACUCCGAGCCCAGCUGACGUGCCUAUAAAACGCGACGAUUGGCCUACGCUGGGAAGUAUGAUCGCAAGCGGACGUCGCCUCGUGGUCUUUCUCGACGCCGGUGCCGAUCCUACGCAAAUAGCGACGAUCCUCCCCGAAUUCGCCAUGAUUUGGGAGACGCCGUUCAGCGUAACGGAUCCCGCGUUCCCGUGCUCCGUCAACCGAAUACACGGUCCACUCCCAGUUGAAGACCACAUGUACUUGAUCAACCACUCGUUGAACGUCAAUAUCAUCCCCAUUGGCGAGGGCGUGAUCAUUAGCGAUCCCUUCGAGGCGAGCACCACCAAUAGUGUCACUUCGAUUCAGGCGAAUGUGGACCUUUGUGCGCCAUUGGCAGGUGACCGGGCGCCGAACUUCAUUCUGCUCGACUUUGUCAAUCGCGGAGAAGGCCUCCGCGCCGUUGACCUUCUCAACGGUUUCGAGUAA